AUGGAAGUGAUGGAAAUCGCUGGAAAAGGUCCACUAAGAGCUCCAAUAACUCUUGCUCUAGAAAUGGAGUUCAUAGGGCCUAGAGGUUCAGACUUUUGUGCCACAAUUGACAGUACCACUCUCAGUUCUAAGAGUCAUGGAGCUACAAAGGUUGUGAAGGAAAGGGUUGACAAAGAACCAAGAGUUGGGAAGGAUAAGACCAGAGCUGAUAGACUUGUUCAAGCCCCUUGUGUGCUUGAUGAAGAGAGCCUUCAAGCUUUGUUUGAUGAGCCACUAGGAAGGGCUCUAAAAGAAGGGGAGGAUGUAGCCUCUAAGGCAAGACCAGGUGAUAAAAGAAAGGAUCCACCAGCUCAGGCCCCUUCAGUCAAGCCAUCUCAGCUCACAAUGACUUUGUUCCCCACCAAGUUUGAAAAUGGGAAGAUUGAGUACAAGAUAAGGUACAAGGGGAGAUCAAGGCCAUUCUCUAGAGCCAAGGCCUUGGUGACUUCAGAACAUCCAGGGACCCAACCAAGCUAA